AUGUGGCCCCGGUCGGUGUGCGUGGCCCUGCUGGCCCUGGCCGCGGGCUAUCUCUUCGUGCGGGAGCCCGAGCUGCCCGGCGCGGCGCUGCGCUACCUGGCCGGCCGCCUGUGGGCCGAGCCGGCCGAGAGCAGCAUGGCGGCGGCCUGGGAGGCGCUUAUCACCCGGCCCGCCCGGCCGUGGAGCAGAGUGGCCGUGGGAGUCAAUGCCUGUGUAGAUGUAAUCGUCUCCGGUGUGAAGCUGUUGCAGGCACUUGGUCUUGAUCCUGGGGAUGGGAAAGAUCAUGCUGUCUUGAAUUCCAGAAAGGACCUGAAAGAAGCCUUCAUCCAUUUCAUGCAGAAAGGGGCAGCUGCUGAGCGCUUCUUCAGUGAUGCGGAGACCUUCGAUCACAUUGCACGAGCAGCGUCAGAGUACCCUGGGGCACAGCUCUAUGUGGGAGGAAAUGCUGCCCUAAUUGGUCAGAAACUUGCAACAAAUCCAAACCUGAAGAUCCUUCUUUGUGGUCCAGUUGGUCCUAAACUCCAUGAACUACUUGAUGAUAAUGUAAUUGUCCCACCAGAAUCUAUGCAGGAAACUGAUGAAUUCCACCUUAUCUUGGAGUAUCAAGCAGGUGAAGAAUGGGGACAGUUGAGAGCUCCCAAUGCCAACCGCUUUAUUUUCUCCCAUGACCUAUCAAAUGGAGCCAUGAACAUGCUGGAGGUGUUUGUGUCCAGCCUGGAUGAGUUUCAGCCAGACCUUGUAGUGCUCUCAGGGCUUCACAUGAUGGAAGGGCAGAGCAGGGAAGUGCGUGAGAAGAGACUUCUGGAGGCUGUGACUUCCAUCUCUGAUAUCCCCACUGAUAUCCCCAUACACCUGGAAUUGGCCAGUAUGACUGACCAGGAUCUCAUGAGCAAGAUUAUGAAUCAGCAGGUCUUCCCCCUGGUGAACUCUGUCGGGCUAAAUGAACAGGAGCUGCUAUUCCUCACCCAGUCAGCCUCUGGUCCUCAUGCCUCCCUUGGUUCCUGGAAUGGAGUUCCAGAUGUGGGCAUUGUCAGUGACAUCCUUUUCUGGAUCCUGAAGAAGCAUGGAAGGACCAUGGACAAGGCAUCUGAUCUUACCCGCAUCCACUUCCACACACUGGCCUAUCACAUUCUGGUUACAGUGGAUGGGUAUUGGGGCAACCAGAUAGCAGCUGUGGCUGCUGGAGCCAGAGUGGCAGGGACACAGGCUUGUGCAACUGAAACCAUUGAUACUGACAGAGUCUUUCUUAAAGCUCCCUUGGAGUUUGUGACCUCCCAUACAGAGGCUCCCUCCAAAAUCUCUUUAAAUCCAGGUGAUCCAGUGGCACACUGGCACAGAGAGGGAAUCUCAUUCCAUUUCACCCCUGUUUUGGUGUGUAAAGAUCCCAUCCGGACCGUGGGACUUGGAGAUGCUAUUUCAGCUGAAGGACUCCUAUAUUCAGAACUAUACCCUCAGUAG